CUUACUGCUAAAAAUGGCAGAUUGCGAAAAGGAAGAAGCGCAAAAUUUGCAAUUGGAGUUCGAAUGGGUUCUCCGAAAAGAAGUACAUGCUGUUGUCAGUCAGCUACAUGCAAUCCUGGUCGAGUGUGGUCGGAGAUUUCCUGCCUGUAGCAAUGAUGCAUCACACAGACAAGAAAAAUUUAUGCUGUCAGCACUGCCAGAGCAGCCAAAAUGCGUCAUCACAUUGGCAGGGGAUAGCAUCACUCAUGCGGAAAUCAAUCUCAGAGUUCAACGACAGCAGGUAGUGACAUACCGGACGACAAUUCAAGCUGAAAGUCCAUGGCGAUUGCAGCAGAUCCAAGAUGCUGGCAACCAUCUGCAGCAGGCCAUAGUUCAUACUGAAGCUAUUGAUAAGGAUUACAUGUUCAAGUCAUCAGAAGAAGUACUUUAUAUAUUGGGCAACAUACUGGGAGCCUUGCAACGUGCCCGUACCAGUCUCAUAGUGCCUCGUAAGAAGACUAUUGAUGACCUCAUGAGAAGCAGGAAUAUGAAAUCUUUGGUGCCCAACCUUCCUGAAGAUCUUGCAAUCAGUUUCUAUGUGCAGAGCCACAAACUGGUGUUUGCUGUAUAUCAGCUGACAAAUGUGCAAGGCACAAUGAAGUUUGACACCCAUCAGGCAGAGUGCUCAAUUCCAUGGCUAAAUGAAGCUCUAGUACUUCUUACAGUGGCACUACAACUCUGCCAGCAACUCAAGGACAAGAUUGGUGUAUUCUCACAGUAUAAGGACUUCACUGUGGGUAUGAGAGUGGCAUCUCCAGUACCCCAAUAAAGUUCUACUAUUAGUACUGAAAUUGACCUUCCAGCCAAGUGGUAUUGCUGCUCAGAUGUACCAUCCAAGACACUUGAAGUGUCAGGUUGUUAAUUUUGUAUUGUAUGUGCAUAUAUAUUUACGUGCGGUAUUUAAUGUUACCAUCAGAUUUACGAGAUAAUGUUUCCUCAGUCAUAACAAAAAUGACUGAUAGUGCUCAAAGUUGUUUACUCCCUGGUAGACAUAAUAGUUCAAAAUCCAAAAGAAUAAAAUUUCUACAGUUAUUGUUCCUGUGUGCGCCUUGAGCUAAAAGGGCAUAUUUCCACGGCUCCAUGUGGAAAUGUGCAUAAAUCUGCAUUUUCAACAGAAUGAUCUGCACAUUCAUAAUGUGUGUAUUAUGAAAUCAGACUGGAGAAUUUUAGAAUUUUUAUUUUUGUGCGUUAAUGUAUGCAAGUUUUAUUA